AUGUUAGAAUCCUUGGGCACUAUCCUACAAAUUCGAGUCAGUACCACUCUGCAAGUUGUUCGUGCUUGGACCCUACCUUUUGCUGUUCAAUGCGUCAGAUGGUCUCCUGAUGGAUCGAUGAUUAUGCUUUUGGGAAAGAACCGCAUUCGCAUAAUGGCUGUUGAUCCACGUACAGCAGCGCACUUCUAUUCAGGUGAUCAGACUAUAGAUGGAAAUAUGGGUCCUGAUGCAAUCUUUAGCGUUGAGGCUGGAGCGGAAGGAUUGAUUGGAGGUCAAUGGAUCAAUAACGCAACGAUUUGUGGAUUCACUUCUGAUCAUUUACAAGCUAUGCUUUAUGAUAUUGAAACGGGAUCAGUAGCAGUGAUCAAAAAUACAAAGUCCAACAAAGCUUUCAUCAGUCCAAGUCAUUCUUACAUCGCCUUCUUAACAAAGCAAGAUGGAAAUGAUUUCGUGACAAUCUUGAAAUCUUGCAAGAACGUACAUGAGGAUACGUCUGAAUGGCGUGUCAUGCAAGAGUUCUCAGCCAAGACUAGUGACUCUUCCGGUAUAUGCUGGUCACCAGAUGAACGGUACUUAGCCGUUUGGGAGGGAAUGUUGGAGUACAAGAUACAGAUUUUUUCACUCUUUGGUCAUCUACAAGCUACAUACGCGAUCGAGGCAGACAUCCCGACAACAAUGCUACCGUCAGCUUUGCCAACUAAUGCAGGCUCGCUCAUGUCCCAUUCAGCUGCAGGAUUAGGGAUUCGAGAACUACGUUGGAGUCCAAGCGGCAAUUUCAUCGUCGCUGGAGAUUAUUACGAUCGCAUUCGAUUGGUAGAAACGCGGGAAUGGAGUGAAUGUAUCUCGUUCGAUCUUUCGUCCAUCGCAUCUUCAAGAGCACAAACGGAUUCUGCCCUAGGCUGGAAAGAACCAAGCGAAUGGGAAUCUAAUGCCAGUGAUCGAACGAUUCAAUCUUUCGACCCUUUUGGGUUGCCUUCCGUUCUUCCGUCAACGCAAGGAGAAUUGAAUAGGCUAAAUCCUAAAGCUGGUAUAUCGUGGUUGGAAUUCAAUGGCAGCGGAGAUAUGCUGGCCGUAAGAAGCGAUAAUCUCGCAAACACGCUUUUCGUGUUUGCAAUUCCAUCAUCUUCAUUCGACGGACCACCUUCCCUUCUAGCGGUGAUCAAUCUUUCUUGCCCAAUCUCACAGGCUUUGUGGCGUCCAAGUAAAACCAAAAGUGAGGGUACAGAAUUCCAUACUGAUGAGUUAUCGUUCAUGUCUCAAACAAACGCCAUUCACACCUGGAGAAGGACACGAUCAGAAGCGGAAGACCUGCAAAUUGUUGAAGCAAUUCCUAUUCCGAUUGACGCUUUUGCUGCCAAGCACGCAUCCUUUUCACCCGACGGACGUACAUUGACCAUCACUUCUGAUGACAAUACGUUCUGUUGUGCAAUGGACGCAGUGCAAUCUAAUUCACACUCGGAUUAUUCACAAAGUCAUCUUUGA